GGUACAGUGCGCGCACUGUCCUCACAUGUGUCGAGUCUUGGGCUGUCACUUGGUAACAUUUUAAACUUUAAAAGUCUUUAUUUUGUGUAGGGUUUAGUUUUUAUUUCGCUUAAAUUCCACAUCGCUCCGCCUCGCCAUGGCCUCGGCGAUUCCUCGCAUCGUCACCAAACGGCUGCUCUCCACGGCCGUGUCUGCGGCGCCGUGCGUGGCCGCGGCCUCCGUGGCCACCGCGGCCCGCCGCGUGGCGCUCUUCGAGGCCGAGCGGCGGCGGCAGCUGGAGCUGCUGAUGCGCAUCGAGAAGGUGGAGCUGAAGCACAUGGGGCCCGGGCAGCGCGGGGCCACCCUCGUCAUGAAUCGCGGCCUCUCCACGCCCUACAACUGCGCCCAGCAUCUGAGCGAGUGGUUCCAGACGCGCUCCGUGCUCGCGAGCAUCGACGGCGAGCUCUACGACAUGUACCGCCCGCUGGAGCGUGGCGGGCCCAUCACCUUCCUCACCUUCAAAGACGUGGACGCCACUCCCGUCAACGAGGCCUACUGGCGCUCCUGUGCCCUCAUGCUGGGCUCGGCCCUCAGCAAAUCCUUCAAGGAGGAGUUCCCCAUUGAGCUGAUCGGCUCUCCCGAGGUUCCAGUCAUAUCCGGAGCCUUCUGCUACGACGUUCUGCUCGACGCCAGACUCGACGCCUGGGUCCCGACGGAGGAUAAUCUUCGCUCCAUCACACGCGAGGUCCACCUGCUCCUCAAGGAGAACCUGCCCUUCGAGCGCCUCUCCGUUGACGCCAGCGUCGCCCUCGACAUGUUCAGCGAGAGCGGGCCUAAGGUGGCUGCGAUCGAAGAGAAAGCCUCGAAGAACGCGGAGCGGAAAGUCACCCUCUACAAGCUCGGAGACUUUGUGGAAGUCAGCGACGGACCGCACAUCCCGCGCACCGGCUUCUGCUUCCACUACGACGUCACUGCCGCCCACGCGCUCAGCCCCCCGGCGGCCGGGGCAGCACCGCAGCCUGACGCGGUGGCGCCGGCGGGGAGCUUGCGGAGGUUCCAGGGAGUCUCCCUGCCCUGGCCACUCAAGACCCAUCACGUUCUCUGGAGCCGUCUCGUAUCAAGGUCUCGUAAACUGGUGACGGAGGACAGGAAGGAAGCUGAAGAAGUCGCCGUCGCUUCCUCACCAGCGGAGCCCUCGUCUGCGGAGCCCUCGACUGCUGCCACGACCACCACGACCACCACGACGACUGCUGCUGCAUGAGAACCCGCAGCUCCGAGUCGACGGUUCACAUCUCCCUUAAAAACGAGUUCGCGACCCAAUAAAAAAAACACUUCAAUCCGCCCACGGAGCAGCUCAUCGUGAGAUUGUGCACGUGUGGGUGACGAGGUCGGGGUGGGUGGUGGGGGAGGCGAGGGAGGAGACGGGCAACUGGGAUAUCACCUCCCCCACCCCCCUUCAGGGGAUAGACGGGAGUUGGCUUCCACGCGGGACUGUUCCCGACGACGAUCUCUACCGCUCUACCACCCCACCCUUGUGCCUCCUCCCCUGUUGUUCCCCCCUCCUCCGUAUAUAUAAAACAAACACCGAAACUCCUGCUCGUAGUGACCACUGCGUGUGUGUUUGUGUGUGGGGCAGUGAGCCCAAUUUUUGUCCCCCCACCCACCAUCCAUCGUUGGACCCAGGAGUGCCGAGUCGGGGAUUUAGUCCGCGGAGUUUCUGUACCCCCCCAACCCCUUUCGCCUUGUCGAGGUUUAUGCCUGGCGCCAGGUUCUUGUUGCGUUGCAACUAAGUAAACAAAACACUUAACUCGGUGUAGCACGUAGUAGGAGGAGUUUACGAGAAAUAUCCAACAUAGAGUUUUUGUGUUAGAUCGCGCAAAUAUAAAUGUGUCGUUCAACCUGCCGCCACCCAACGCAGCCAAUUAAUAAGGUUUGUCACGUAUACAUAACGAAUUGGCAUGUUUUGUGUUCGUGACACAUCUUACUGAUUGGCUGUGUUGGGUGGUGGCUGGUUUAACGACACAUUUAUGUUUACGCGAUCUAACCCAAAAACCUCGUGUGGAAACCACUUAACUAUUUUUGUUUUAUCAGGUAAGGCCCACUGAGCUCUGUAGCUCUUUUUCAGAAGCGACCUGGCCACAUAUGAUAGCGCCAACGAAGUGGAAAUUUAUAGCAGCUAAUUACCCUAAAACGCGUGCCGUUGAUUCUAAAUGUGGAGUGGAAAACCCGAGGGCCCGGAGAAAAAUCCUCGCGACCACUCCAAAUAUACAGCAGCAGGCGUCAGAGUUGGGAUCGAACCCACGACCUCCUGUACACCAGGCGAGGGAGUUAACAUCUCUUAGCCACCGUGGCGCCAUUAAAUCUGCGUCGUCACUCCCAACCUGCGGCCUGUAAACGAUUCCUCGAGCUACGUCAACUUCGAACUAAAUUUUACCCACGCAAAUCCUUUAGGCCUGUACAACGACAACAACAGACGGCUAUUACUGCGCCUUGACUUGUCACCAAAUUGCUCUAAAUGUAUGACCCCUGAAAGGAUGACCGUAGUGCGCCGGUAGCAAUUCGUUCGUCAACGGAUGCCAUUAUCUCCCAGAGUAGAGAAUGCACGGUAACAUAUUGGCAUCACUGUGUUGUUUAUGAUGCAUGUACAUUGAACUUGUUUCGCAACCGUACGCAGCCAACCGUCAUAAUUGGAGGUGCGGCAAAAUCUGGUGGGAUGAACGCCUCGCCGCACACCGUUGCGGGUCGUGGCCAUUAUUUGACCAUACUUCACCACGCUGGUCAAGGCCCAUACAAGCACCACUCUCCAGGCUCGCCUCCUGCUUAGCUGCUCAGUUCUGACUUUCAUGGGGAAAGUUCCCCAGGUAAUUUCGCCAUAGGCCAUGAUUGAUGCGUGUGAAUAGAUAAUAACACUGGUCAACACACUUUUUCUGGCAUAAGGUAUUCCAACGGGUUUAAGGUAAUUUUGGGGUGCUGAUUCCAAAUCUGGCAUCAGUUUUUGUCUAUCACAUCAGGUUUUUGAGAUAUCAAAUAUUGCAUUUUCAAUCAAAACUGCAGAAGAAAAAUAUUAAAUAAAUGUGGAUAUCUACAUAAAAUGAUAUAAACACUCUAUCCUAAAAUACAGCACCAUAUUUUAACACUAAAGCAGUCACUGACUCGCAACAACUUGCAAUCAUAAGUGACGGAGUUAAUUUCGGGUAAAAUCAAUGAAAAUGGGGUAUGCCGAUAGCAUAAAAUUUAGAUGUGAUAGAGCAAAUCUGAGAUCACAUUUUGAAUCAGCACCCUGAAAUUAGUCUAAAACAGCUGCAAAAGUCCAGGCCAGAAAAAAAUGUUUUUUUUGUUAAUUAUGAGAAUCUACAUCUGGGGAGCCUGGCCCCACCGGCAGGACAUCUGUGAAAAAGAGCUGCAUUAUAGUUCAUCGGAUGUCUGCAGUGGAAAUAAAUAUUCAGAUUUUCGGGUAGGUGCCCCUACAUUGAGAUGUUUGACCAAUUCUGAUUUUUUACGUUUGGGUAAAACAUACUGUAACUUGAACCAAAUGUGUUUGUGUGUAUGCAACACACCUAUAUUACAUUCACACACACACACGUGUAUGUGUAUGCCACGCAUUUGAAAUAAAUGCUUUAU